AUGCGAUGCUCAUCUCAAGCAGUUUGGAAGAUAAGGGCACGCGUUGACGCCAUGCUGUUCUUCCUAGCGGCUCUCAUUGCGUCAAUUGCGGCUGACUGUCCUUUGGGCACGAUUUAUCAUCAAGAAUUCAACAGAUGCUAUAAAUUCGUGAACGAUCCACAGCCUUUUUACCUUGCCGAGGAAUCGUGUAUUUCGUCUGGUGGACAUGUUGUUUCGAUCUCAAGUGGAUAUGAAAAUGCAAUGCUUACGGAAACGGCCUUUGGCGAGAAACUCUCACGUUCGUUUGUGGGUCUAAACAAACUGUCCACGGCAACGUGGGCUUGGUCAGACGGCUCCAACUCUACCUAUACCAACUGGGCUACUGGCCAACCUCCCAACUCUUCUACCUGCGCUCUUCUGAACAGCGCCGAUGGAACAUGGCAGGGAGUCUCAUGCAACACAGCCUAUCCAUACAUCUGUGCAUUUACCGCCUACGGACCACCGCCCACGUGUUCACCAUGCCCAACACCUGGCGCGUGUCCAAAACCACCGCGUGUCAUUGGACAUUGCGCAUCUGGGUGGGCCUAUUUUAAUAAGACAGACUCUUGCUACAGAUAUUUCCUGUGGGCAACAUUUGAUAACGCCGAAAUGGUGUGCAUGUCAACUGGAGGACAUCUCGCUUCUAUUCACAGCGAUGAGGAGAAUGUUUUUGUUGCAGACAUCUCAAAAGCUGGAGCCGAAUACAAAAAGGAUGAUGAUCUUACAUGGAUUGGUUUGAAGCAGAACAACUACCCCACAUCUUCCGAGUUCACAUGGACUGAUGGUACAAAACUCGACUACAAGUUUUGGGCUCCCAGUCAACCGGAUGACAAGAGGGGUAAAAUGCACUGUGUUCAGACGCACAGUGAUUACCUUGGAAGAAAUCCGGCAAAGGAUAACAAUUAUCAACACUGGGCUGUGACCGAAUGCACAUUGGUCAUGAGAGCCUAUGUAUGCAAGAAACCAGCAUCACAUUGA